GGUCUAGGGUAUCGCUAUUUUCAUACGCAGAAUCUGAACCAGCUUCCCUACUAUAUAACUCCCCAUUCAAACUCCUCUCUACUACGCCUUCAUCCCGCUCCUUCUCGUCAACGUAGAGCUUUCGAAAUGGCUUUGCCAAACCAACAAACUGUUGAUUACCCAAGUUUCAAACUGGUUAUUGUUGGCGAUGGUGGAACUGGGAAAACUACAUUUGUGAAGAGACAUUUGACCGGAGAAUUUGAGAAGAAAUAUGAACCGACAAUUGGUGUGGAGGUUCAUCCCUUGGAUUUCUUCACUAACUGUGGUAAGAUUCGGUUUUACUGCUGGGACACAGCUGGGCAAGAGAAAUUUGGUGGUCUUAGAGACGGAUAUUACAUUCAUGGUCAAUGUGCCAUUAUCAUGUUUGAUGUAACAGCCAGAUUGACAUACAAGAAUGUACCCACAUGGCAUCGUGAUCUUUGCCGGGUAUGUGAGAACAUUCCGAUUGUACUAUGUGGAAACAAGGUUGAUGUGAAGAACCGUCAAGUGAAAGCAAAACAGGUUACAUUUCACAGAAAAAAGAACCUGCAGUAUUAUGAGAUAUCAGCCAAGAGUAACUACAACUUUGAGAAGCCUUUCCUGUACCUUGCCAGGAAACUUGCUGGGGAUCCUAACUUGCACUUUGUUGAGUCUCCUGCACUUGCUCCACCAGAAGUCCAAUUUGAUCUUGCUGCUCAACAACUGCAUGAAGCUGAGCUUGCACAAGCUGCAAGUCAACCCCUUCCAGAUGAUGAUGAUGAUGCUUUUGAGUAGAGACAAGAAUCCUGCAUUUGGGAGAGGAUAACAAGAAAGCAAUUACUGUAAUUUUUAUCAUCUAUCUUUGUUUUACAUAUUUUUAUUCAAAAUGAUAAUGAUGAUUAUGAUGGUUUUGGUUGAAGUUUUUUAAUUCAAUUAAAUGUUUUCAUGAU